AUGUCGUUCCGAGGCGACGACCAGCGCCGGUAUGGCCAUGUGCCACCCGUCCAGUAUCCCGUCGCGAACGACCAGAGCCCAGGUCAACCGAGCCGGAGGUUGAGUUUCAACAGCGGCGACGAUUCCGCGCCUGUGAACACGGCUGCUAACCGACACACCCAUCAGCCGACUCUCAACACAAGGGGCCUCCCGACCGGCGACGAGUUAUUUCUGGCGAGCCCAACGGAAGCGGGCAGAGUGAGUUAUGGCUCGGCGAACGCAGCCAUGUCAGGAUAUCAGCAUCAGUAUUCGGCGCAGACGCCGCCAACGCCGUCCGCAUACAACCCCCAAGCAUUCGUGCAGCGCGGCCAGUCACAGUCGCUGCCGUAUCACCCGCAUCCGGCGGCGAACCGGUACAGCGCGCAGAGCGCAGUUCCCUAUAGCCCAACGGCCGCGACGCCAAACUACACGCCGGCGCCGUACAACCCUGCCGCCUAUUCGAGUACGGGCUCGGCCUCUGCUGUGCCUCAGAGGCAGUCGACCUACGCGGGUUCAGCGUUCGGUGGCUAUACCAGCCCGACAUACUCACCAACCCCGGCUAUGAACCCGUCCAGCUAUUGGCAAUCCCAGCCAACGUACUCGUCACCUCCAGCGCAGGCACAGGUGCCUUCGCCGCCAGCUGCGUUCCCCUCAUACGACCAGGCCUCGCCAGGUAACCCUCCCUAUGACUCCUCAUACUCGCAAUACCCGGCCCAAAGCACAUACUCUGCGAGCACCGCGAGCCCCCCGCCGACUUCGUACUCGACAGCCUCUUCUCAGGCCCCGUAUCCGACGUACACCAAUAUCCCAGUUGGCCCCAACUAUUCAGCCAACGACCCGCACGCCUUCCUCGGUAACCGAACCUCGAGAUCCAGCUCUCAAGUCUCGCCCUUACCCUCACCUCCUAUACAACCCCAACCAUCGUCCCCAGGGCUGCAGAGGCAUCCCACGAAUGCGCCACUGCCGAGUCGACCUCUGGUAGACGAUCCAUGGGAAUCGAAUGGCAACUAUGGAGUCUCUUCUGAACAUAUAUCCCAGGACGACAUUAUGAAAGAUAUCGAGGCGGAGCUUAAUGCUGGCGGCGGCUCUCACCGGCAUCGACCGGCCGCCUUCGAUCAACGAAAUGGAGGUGUUGGGGAUAAUGAUCUGCAGAACCUCCGACGUCUUACUUCGACUUCAAGUUAUCGCUCAACGGCCACUACAGUCAAUACACAAGAUGACGGGUCUGGCGUCAACCGAUACUCCUCCAAUGCCUCUACGCUCAACCGCAACCACUCCCAUAACUCGUACCCAUACCCGGAUGACAAUGGCGAUGAGAGCGAUCCGGAAGCCGCGGCAGGUUUGAUGGCCAUGCAGCAAGCUGACGAGGACGAUCGCCGUCUUAGUGGAGGGGUUUCGUUCCCCUACUUCAGCCAGCCGGAAGUCGGUGUUCCGUCAGGCUUGCCCAACCUAGCAGAAGAACCGAGCAGCGACAGCGACUACGCCGCUGCUAUGGACAUAGGCAUGUUCAGUGGCGGUUAUGCCGGAAGCCUGGCAUACGAUAACAACCUGGCUUCGCCACCAGGAACCGAGGAUUAUCAGCAAGAGCCACUAGCAACCCCUCGGAGUAAUCACGCGUCCCAACGGAGUCAUGAGAGCAACAAGUACCCAGCAUUUGAACAGGCUGACAUAGACUAUGGCGACACUGGUGGGCUGCAAGCACCAAGAGAACAUCGUCUGAGCUUCGAUGAGGGUGAUGAGCGCGUCUCCCUACACUCGAGACAAAGCGGGAGUGAGUCCCCCUACAAGGAGGACUAUCCCGAUAUGUUCUAUCAUCCCGGUCUCUCCAAUCGGCCGCUUCCCGCCAUUCCUGCAAGUACGAGUGCCAGUGCCAAUGCCAACUCGGACAGCAGCUCCCUGCUUUCGGUGCAGUCACCCAACCGCGGUACAUAUCAGCAUGGAUAUUCCUUUAGCGCCGACUCGGGCCCAUACACGGGGCCAGAUGCAAAUUAUGGGCAAAAUGCUCAGCAGCUGCAGGUGGAAAGAUCGAUCUCAUUAGCCGGGCACAGCACUGCUCCUCAAGUGCACAUGCCCGCACGAUCGCGAACAGAUGCCGAAGACCGCAACAACCGCAUGAAACAGUUGCGUCAACAGCAGCAAAUCGCGGCACAACAGGGGCUGCCGUAUGAGGGCUACGACACCGGCACUGCAUCAUCCAUUGACUACGAUGUCAUCACUCUGCCGAGCGGUCGGCGUAGAAAAUUCAUCCCAGAGAAGAUUACACUCGUCGACACGAGAAUAUGCACGGAACCAUGGGCGCUCAGUGGUAUCUCCAAUUGGCUGCGUGAGAUGGCCGAAGGCGAGCCUGACCUGAAGCGAAAGACGGUCGAAGAUGGAUUAGUGCGACUUUUCUGCAUAAAAGUUCCCACACUGAAUGUGGCCGACGCCGAAGGCCUGAGUUCAAUGGUUGUUGAUCUUAUGCUCCAGGCCGGCAUUCUUCUUCCGGAGGAAGAGUGGCUCAAGUUUGGUCCAGGAUCUAUAACUGGUGUGCUUUGGCAACUUACCGGAUCGGGUUGUUAUGGACCAAAACUACACGAGGUUGAUGACGAGGUUUCAACACAUGAGGUUCUCGGCAGGUGUUACUCGCAUCACUGUGGUCGGACGCUGAAGAAGGCCAGUCUGGAUGGUAUCCUAGGAGGCAUUAAGAAAGUCGACUGGGCUACCUACUACGGUCUGAAGGCAGAAGACGUGGAAGGCAGGCACAAGAAGGAAAUUGAGCGUCAGAAUGUCCUUCACGAGGUCGUUACCGGUGAAGAAGAGUUUAUGGAUCAGAUGGAGGUCAUGACACUCCUGUAUCGGGACGGGCUGAUGAAGGCUCGGCCCUCCAUCAUUGCGGAAACCAGGCUCGAGAAAUUCGUUUCAUCCGUUUUUGGAAAAGCAGAUGCCAUUACGCAAGUCAACAAGGAUCAUCUGCUUGCGCAACUGAAGUACCGCCAGAAGGAGCAAGGUCCUUGGAUCGUGGGGUUCAGUGAUCUCUUCCGAGAGUGGAUACGAAAGGCAAGAACUGCUUUCAUCGACUAUGCCUCGUCGUAUCCUUAUGCUACCUACCUAGUACGAAAGGAGGCAGACCGCAACUAUAUGUUCAGGAACUUUUUGGAGAGUAACAGAAACCAUCAGCGAUCAGGUCGACUCGAUUGGAGCACAUUUCUCAAGGCCCCGAUCACGCGGCUCCAGAGAUAUGGUCUGCUGCUUGCAACAAGCUUGAAGCACAUGCAAGUCGAAAGUGAAGAGAAGGUGAAUCUUCUCAAGGCAAUUGAGGAGAUCAAGCAGGUCACCUACGAAGCAGACGCAAAGGUCGACGAGAUGCAGAAGAAGGUGGUUAUGAUCGAACUUGAUCAGAUGCUUGUUCUCCGUCCUGGUUUCCAUGCAGACCUUAACCUCGACCAUCUUGGUCGUGAGUUAAUUAUCCAAGGCGAUCUUCAAAGAAUGGGCUCCAAAGGUGUGCGAUGGGUCGAUACGCAUGCCCUUCUCUUUGACCAUUACCUUAUUCUCUCUAAGCUUGUCACAUCUAAGGAUGGCAGGCAAGAUAGGAAGUAUGAUGUGUCAAAAGAGCCUAUCCCAAUGCCACUCUUGUUCCUUGAAAGUAGCCAGGACGAGCCAGUCUCCAAACAAAAGGGUAUUGCCGCACCCCUAACGAGGGCAGCGAACUCAGCCACAGACAUGAAGAAGGGAUCAGACCCUCGAUUAAACAAGACUGUGUCGAAUGGUGACCGCCCUGGCUUGGAACACGCAGCCACGAACUCAUCAAUUGGCUCGGCACAAGUCAGACUUGGCGCAAACAACGUGAACGACUCUGAAGGCCGAAUUCUGUAUCCGUUCCGCGUCAAGCACCUAGGCCACGAAGUCUACACUCUCUUCGCACCAUCGGCCCAAGCCAGGCAAGAGUGGUGCGACAGGAUCAUCGAAGCCAAAACAAGACACGCGAAAGCCCUGCACGCACAGAAUGCUGAGCCGUUCCGGCUGCGCGUCAUUGCCGACAGCGCCUUUGCGUACGACUCUAUCACGGCAAUCGGCAAGUACGUAGGAGGCGUUCAUAUUCGCGGCACACCGCUGGAUCGAGCAAUUCGUGAUCUCGAGCAGACCUUCGGACCUGGCCGUGGUCCUCCGCCAGUUUCCCGGGCGCCCGUCAACUGUUCUACUGGCUUUGGCGCGUACGGAAAGAACAUGAUCGCAGUAGGUACUGAUGCUGGUGUCUGCGUUGCAGAAGCCAGUGAUCAGAGAGGUUGGGCCAAGACAACAACAUUGAGCAGGGUCACACAGAUCGCAGUACUGGAAGAGUUUUCUGUGGUCCUGGUGUUGGCCGACAGGAAUUUGAUCUCUUACCCAAUGGAUGUUAUUGCGCCGCCUUCGAACUUCCCAGCUCCAGCAAGCGACAACAUCCGUCGCUCGCCGCAGAGACUGGCAAAGGAUGUAUCAUUCUUCGCAACGGCCCGUAUGAAGGACCGUAUGCUGGUAUUUUACAGGAAGAAGGAAGGGCUUCACAGCACAUUCAAGGUACUGGAACCUGUGUUCCAGAAAUCCACGGAGAAGAAAUCGCGUCUUUUCAGAACCGGCAAGGGCUCCGGUGCAACCGAGACUUUCCGCGACUUUGACGACUUCUACCUUCCCACUGAGUGCUACUCGAUCAACCUGUUCAACAUGUACAUCGCCAUCUCGACAGCCAAGGGGUUCGAGCUCAUGACGCUAGACAAGAAGAUCCCCAUGAGUAUCCCUGACGUCAAGCAACCUGCUAUUGCCAACAUUGCGAGCCGCAUCAGGGAUCAGAAGCCCCUGGGCAUGUUCCGCUUGAACCCUCAAGAAUUCCUCCUCGCGUAUGAAGACUGUGCGGUCUACAUCGACAAGCACAGCGACGUCAGUCGCAGCGUGAUCAUGGAGUAUAGCGGGAAACAGAAGAAGGCGAAGGGCGCAACCAUGUAUGGCCAGUAUCUUCUCCUCUUCAAUGAGGACUACGUCGAGGUGCGCAACGCCGAGAACGGGCGCCUCCGGCAGAUCAUCGCAGGAAGAGAUGUCCGCGUGCUUGACUACGGAGUCAGGGGACCUACAGGAGGCUUCUAUCAGCAGUCCAAUGGACACGAGGCCAACGGCACCGAGCUGGGUGUUGGCUCCAAGGGGACGGUCAAGAUUUGCAUGGCCCAUCCCGAGGUCGCAGGCCAACAGAUCGUGCUGGAGAUGCUGCUCAACAACGGACACACGGAGAAAGCAUAA